AUGCAGCCACCGUGCCUGGGCGCGUGCGGGGGCAGCCCCGCCGUCCUGGGCGCCAGUGCGCACUGCCACCGCCCCUCCACCUCCAGGGCUACCAUCCGGUGCGCCGCCCGGGGCGGGAAGGCGUCGUCGAGGGGGAAGGAGAACGUCUGGAGCGUAGACAACGAACGCGCCGCCGAGCAGAAGGGUCGGUCCCAAAAGAACCACCGCGGGCGGAGGCGCCCGGGAGGGCGCAGCAGGGCGCCCCCGCCGCCGGGGAGUAGGAAGGAGAAUGACGCGGGCUCGAGGGUUCUGGUCUCCGGAGCCAUGCUGGUGGAGGUCGAGACCGUGCUCCAGACCCAGGAAUCUGUAUUAAGGCCUUCCUGGGAUACAUUUGCGAGUAGCUUAAGUGGCGUAUGGAAGGGUGUCGGAGCUGUGUUCUCACCAAUCACAGCAGAGAUGGAACCUGUUGGACUAGGAAGCAAACAGGAGUAUCUUUAUGAUUGCUACACUCUUUCUCGCAUUGAGAAGUCGUAUGAUAGUGUUCAUGGGACCGAGAUCCAAAGGAAGACAAAUUGGGUGCAGCUCAAUCCUCAUGGGGAAGCUGAGAAGCAGAGUGCCAGCGAUGAUGAAUGGAGUCAUGGUAGCUCCAGUGGGACUGUUGAUUUACCUGCGCAUGAAUAUUUUGAUCUUAAAAAGAGCGAUGUACUUGAUGAAGAUGUUAUGAUUGAAGAACCAGGGAUUGUAUUUUUUGAGGAUGGAUCAUACUCUAGAGGUCCACUUGAUAUAGAAAUCGGCGAAUAUGAUGAAUCUAAAUACUUCCUCUCACCAACGUAUCAGUUUGAGCAAAGUCUGGUCAAAGGAUGCCACAAAAGACUGCGUAUUGUGCAUACCAUUGAAUUCAAUGAAGGAGGAGCGAAUAUACAAACCGUAAGGGUUGCUGUGUAUGAAGAAAAAUGGGCUAGCCCAGCAAAUAUCCAUGUUGAAGAUAUUACCCCUGUUGACGUCAGACCUUUCUCUCAAAGAAAGCGGACGAAACCAUCAGAAUUGACAGGCCCCUGGAAAGUAUAUGAAGUCAGUGCAACACCAAUUUUCAGUGAGAAAGUAAAAGAAAUAGAGGGUGGAGCCGCCUUUGUAUACUUGUGCAUGGAGACCAUGAAGAAGAGAACCUUGCCAGAGAGCUCUGUUUUCUUCGGGGAGGAGGAGAUGCUCGAUAUGCAAGACGUGACUAUACUUUGGUUGCCUGGAGGCGUCACCGCCUAUGUUGACGUAGAUAAAGAUGGUAUACUCUGCAUCGGAGUUAGUUGGUACUCGGAGGAAGGGAUUAAUCUGGUGAUGGAGAGGGACUAUGGAACUGACGGGAAGCUCAGGGAAGUUCGGACGAAAACUGAAAUCAAGCGCAGGCUUCGGUUUCAUCAGCAAGAAAAUGAGCUGAAAAAGAGCCCAGGAAGGAGACCUAGGCAUUUGCUUGCCAUGUGCACGGCCAUAUUUUAUGCCAUAGAAUGGCUCAUUUAG